AUGGUACCAAAUCCAGAAAUUAUUGAAGUAAGUUUUUUCUUUGUUGAUAUACCCAAAACUUAUCUGACUUAAUCUGAUGUGCAUUAUUUGAAGGAUUAUUAGACUUGAUAUGCACGUGUGAUGGAUUAUGAAGGCAGGCUAGAUAAAGCCAAGCGAAAAAGUCUAGUAAGGACGCACCUCAUUCCCUUUUUUGAUAUUAAUACUUGUUUACAGGAACCCAUUGCCGAUCUAGGUAUAUUAUGUUGCCCGAAAUGCUCCGAUCGUCUUGAACCCCUGUUUUUGGAUACUUCUGGAGAAGGAAACGAUAGGAAACAAACGAUAUGGUGGACUUGCAGAUGGGUUUCGAGCAAGGUAAGAGUGCUUAUAUGUAAUUAUUCUGUUUUUAGAAAUGCGAUUUUCCCCUCAACAUGCCUUCCAAUGUGUAUUGGGUGACUCGAACAGGUCCGGAGAUUGAUCGAGGCUUCGUUCCCCUCCCCAGAGUGGAUCUUCUUCCUCGGCGCCUGCAGUAUUUAUAUCCACAGAUUUUUCCUGAUUCUCCCCGGCCAUCGAAAGGUAAGAAAAUGCGUAGCCUCGCGUCCGAUCUCUUUUUCAGAGCGAUCGUUUGGUGCGCGAACUCUUUGUCUCGAGUAGUAUCAUAUCAUUUAUGUGGAGUAUUUCAGAUGCCUUCUUUUCACUGGAAUCACUCAGUUCCGAGUCUCCGUCCCCAGUGUCCAAGCCUGAGCGGAAAAAAGUAGCAAAUAAUGCUCAUAAUAGUGUGGAGGCGUCAAGAAAGCUUUUGGCUGAGAUUCUAAAGAGCAAAAAGGCUGUACCCCCCACGCAGGUAAUAAGUCGAGAUCAAGAGAUUUACCAAUUAUUACAGCAAGUCAGCCGGAAGUCGGAGGCACAGAAUUCGUUUUAUAGGAAGUAUGUCAUUUUAAUUAUUAUUACGGCGCUUAUUAUAUAUGUUAAUUCAACUUUUUAUUUUCAGCCGUGUCAAAGCUAGGCGUCGUGAAGAGAUUAAACCGGAGAUGGAUCAUGUUAGAUUUAAUUCCGAUCAGAAAGCCAAACCGGUUGAGGUAUUCCCGGAUCAUAAAGGAGCUUUGGUAAGUAUUAGAGAACAAUGUUUUUUGAGCUAAUUAUUUGAUUUUAGAGCUCAUUAAUUAAUCUUCGAUACUCCCAUGAAACUUUUAUCGAUAAUUUGAAUUCGGAGAUGUGCCGAAAGAAGAUUCUGACUCCAACUCCAGCCAUUGACCCGAGGCAACGAGCCCAGAUGGAAGCAAAGACGGGUAAACAUGGAAAAACACUCUGUGAUUUUGUAGCAAAUUCAACUACGUAAGUUAAUAUCAAUUUUAAUAUAUGAAUGUAUGCUGUUUAACUAUUUUUUUGCAGGAAAAAGGCCCGGUAUGUAUACAACGACGGAGAUGCGAGGUGGAGGAAGAAGAUCAGUCGCGAGACGAGGGAGAAGCACUUUUACUCUUUAUUGGCCUCAUUGCCUAAACAAUUGAGUGACAAGAGUAUCGUGACUAGGCUGGGAAUACCUAUUCUGGUAAGUUUCCUUUUCAUCAAGCCGUAAUUGUCUUUAUUGUGAUAGAUUUGCUGUUUUAUGCACUUAAAAACAAUAUAUUUUUUCAGCCUUGUCGAGAUUGUAAUACACCGGCUUCAACCGAACUUUCGAUGUCCACGGCUUCAACAUCGACAGGAUCCAGAGAAGCUGAGGCUGUUGAUUCGAUCGAUGACUUCAUAAAAUCAACAGGAAACCCGGAGAUCGACCAGUUGAUUAGACAACAGUUCAGGAAUGUCCUAAAGAACAAGAAGUUGAGACGAAAGAAGGGAUCUCGAUCUCGGACACCUCAAGUGAUGCCACAAAACCCACCUCUAACAGAAGAAGCAGUGACAGAAGAUGCCGAGGAGUUGUUUAGAGGAUUCAGUGAGCUUGGGGGAAUGUGGCAAGGGCAUAGCAAUCAAGAAAUAACUCGGAAUGAUGGGCCUGUCUACCAAGAAAUGCAAACUUUCAACCUUGAGACGCUCUCUAAUCCGCCCGUUGAUCCAGAUACUAAUCAGGAGCAUCUCCAGGAUCCACUUCAUGGUCUCCCCGAUACCAAUGAUCCUCAUUCCCAUUUCUAUGAGUCUCAUAACAAUUUCUUUGAUCUGGAUGCAACAACACACUUUGAUGAACAUCACGGGUUGCACGACAACAUUUAA